UUGAAGGUAAACAAGGCUGAUGUGCUCUGGUUGGCCAGCACCAGAGGAAGUGUGCGAUGCUCUUCCUGUGUUUUUAGCCAUUUAUAACUGAUGCAGGCUGCCAGUAAAUGGUCGCUUAAAUGAGAAGAAGCUGCUGCGGCUUAAGCGCCUGAUAUAACACUCACGCUACGACGAAACUCUAAUGGUGAUUACAUGAAGAUGAAAUCCACAAAGGGGGAGGCAAAGAUAGAAGAGACACAAAGCGAUGCGGUCACUAUUAAAGCAGAGCAUAAAUUAGAGCAGGGGAGUGAUGGCGAGGAAGGCUUCAGUGAAGUAUACACUAAUGGGCACGGCCUCAACAUCAAGAUAAAGGAGGAGCCACAUUUGCAGGAGAUUAGCGAGGAGCACAGUGGAGACACAGAAGAGUGUUUAGACACUAAGCCUGACACUAUUACAGAUGCUUAUAUUUCACAAGGACACAUAAAGGAGGAGUUUGACUCCGACCAUUCACCACAUUAUGAAUUCACUGAAGCUGCUGUCAAGGAGGAGCCAGAGUCUUGGGUUAAAGAAGAGAGAGAGAGUGAAGAAGAGGUGGAGGAUGCAAGCAGUGCCCGAGAGGGGUUUGAAGAGGGAGAGGAGGAGGCUUGCAGAGAGUCAUCAUCUGAGUUUUUUCCAUGUCCGCACUGCACCGUCUCCUUUACUGACUUGGACUUCCUGGAGAAGCAUGUUAAGUGGGUCCAUCAGAAACAGUACCUUGCGAAACUCAACACAUGCUUCUCAAGCCGCACAUUAAAUCUCAUCCCCAAAUACAGCUGCGGUGCAUGCAGCAGUACCUUUAACUCUAAAGUACACCUCAGGGUCCACGUACGUGAAGUCCACCCUUCUGCCCCUCCCCGCAGGCUUCACCCUUGCCCAACCUGUGCUCGCAGCUUCCAGUACCUGAAGAACCUAAAAAAUCACUGUCAGCGCUGGCACAACAUGUCUGUGGUUACUAGAGGAGGAUAUCUCAGUUGUGCCGAUUGUGGGAAGAGUUUCAAAACUACCUGGGGUCAAGGACCUCAUUUGUGUCAUGAACUGGAUAGCACAGAGCAUGAAGAUAAACCAAUCUGUCUGGACACUGGUGUUGAGUGUCCAGAAUGUGGCAAGAAAGUGCGCACACCUCAAAGCCUGGAAGACCACAUGCGCACCCACACAGGCGACCGGCCGUUUGUCUGCAAGGAUUGCGGCAGGAGGUUUGUAGAGCGCAGCGGCUGGCGACAACACAUGAAAAUACACACAGGGGAGAAGCCCUACAAGUGUCAGGUGUGUGAGAAAGCCUUUUUAAGGUCCCACCAUCUUAAGUGCCAUUUAACCACACACUCUGGCAAGAAGGAAUAUUCCUGCUCGGAAUGCGGAAAGGAGUUUGGAUUGAAGUCUAGCCUGGAUCUACACCUGAGGACACAUUCAAGUGAGAGACCCUUCCACUGCAAUGUGUGCGGGAAGAAUUUUAACACUCAGAGAAACCUGAGGGUUCACACUAAACUUCACACCAACGAGAAAGCUCAUCAGUGCGGAGACUGCGGGUUGAAGAUCGGAGAUCUCGGCGCUUUAAAAAUACACUUACGGACACACACCGGUGAAAGGCCUUACCACUGCACUGUCUGCGGCAGUAGGUUCAUUCGCCUUGCCCAUUUAAGAAAUCACCAACGCACCCACACUGGUGAGAGACCCUACAAAUGUACUGAAUGCGAUAAGAGUUUCACACAGUCCGGUGACUUGGUGAAACACAAACGGAUACACUCUGGGGAAAAGCCCUUUGAAUGUCCCGAGUGCCACCGCUGUUACACUUCAUCUGGUGAUCUGGGGAAGCACAGAAGGAGUCACACUAACUUGCGCCCUUACACAUGUCAAGAAUGUGGGAAAAGCUUUCGCCUGUCAGGCCAUUUAAAAACUCACAUGUUAACUCACACGGGCGAGAAGCCGUAUUCUUGCCCUAAAUGCCUCCGCAGGUUUGCCCGCUCUCACCAUCUUUCUGGUCACGUUGCAAAAUGCCGCUAAGCUUCAAUGAGAAGAUUGUAAAUAGGACAGUGCUGACUUUAAGUUGCAAGUAAAAGUGCACUACCCAGUCUGGGUUUUUUUGUUUUUUUGUUUGUUUGUUUUACUUUUUUUUUUUUUUUAAAGAAUGUGUUAAAACAAACUCUUACCUGUAAAUGUAAUGCAUGAAAUUUUUUACCCAUCAAACUUAAAAGGCUGACGUAUUGUCAUCACACUGCCAUGCAGGCAGUGGAGCAGCGUGGGGAACCAAGUUUGUGUAGAAAUCUGAGUUCAAAUCUCAGUGAGCUCAAUGUAAAGGUCAGAGGUCAGCAUUUCUGAACGUCAUCUAGUAUUUUCAAAUGUAUACCAUAGGUCCAUCUGCAAGGAGGCUGAUGGGUAGAAAUGGCGGUUGCCAGUAGUUUUUCUUUUAACGGCACUGUCUCAACAAUAAUCUGUUUUUGCAAAACACUAUAAAGAUAGCUUGAACAAAUCAUAUGAAAUUCUGCUAAUGGAUUGUUUUUUUUCUUCCACUUGUUGAUUACUAAGCUAUCUGUAAUAAAUUAAUGAAAGUUUGAAGUGCAAGGUGAAUCCCUGUAUUUAUUGCCUGUAUAUAUUUAUUUUUAGUACUAUGUUUUAUUGUCUUUAAUUUAUAUAAUUAAUGUUGUGAAUGGUUUUAAUGUCAUUCUGUGUUGUUUUGGUUUUGCUGUGUGAAGCGCUUUAAGCUGCAUGUUUGUCUGAAUGUUUGUGUGUAAAUAAAGUGGAGUUGAGUCAGUUUAUGUGACGAACCAUUAACACUGAGUCACGUGUGAGAUCUAGUAUCAACCUGACACACGCAGAACUAACACAGAUCAUCUAACAAAUGCAGAAUUAGCUUAUGAUUGGUGUUUUGCCCCCCCCCCCCCGCUAAUUACUUCACCAUCUU